UCAAUGCAAUGGCUAUAUCAAUACAAUGGCUAUGGUGUGUUUUGUUCAUUGUCUCAUCUUCUCUCUUACCACUUUAUUCAAGUGAGAAUAGCAUCACCAUAACCAAAUCCAUUAGUUCUAACCAAACCUUAAUCUCAGAUGGAGGUAAGUUUGCACUAGGCUUCUUCACUCCUAACAAUUCUACCAACACCUAUUUAGGCAUAUGGUACAACAAAAUCCCCAAGCUAACAUACAUAUGGGUUGCCAAUAGGGCAUCACCAAUACCCAAAGAUUCACCUCCAGCUUUUCGACUUUCAGAAGACGGAAAUCUGGUUGUUUUAAGUGGAAGAAAGAUCAUCUGGACAUCAAAUGUGUCAUCUAUUAGCUCAAACAUACACUCUGCGGAUGCAGUGUUGCUUGAUAAUGGAAAUCUGGUACUUAGACAUGGUGAAAAAGAAGUAUGGCACAGUUAUGAUCAUCCAACUGACACAUUUCUUUCUGGCAUGAGACUUAGCUCAAACAGGAAAACAGGUCAAAAAAUGCUUCUAACAUCAUGGGUCAAUGAUGAAGAUCCACGGCCCGGUUUAUUCUCAUUAGGGAUAGAUCCAAAUAGAUAUCAGUUAUAUAUAUGGAAGGAAGAUAAACCGUAUUGGAGAAGCACUGUUUAUGCUACUCCGGUUUCUUUUGCCACUGGAUUUUCAAAAAUUGAGCAAGGAUUUUCAGGAUAUUUUGGUUUCAUGAUAGAUGAUGAUGUAGUUUAUGCUGUGUAUACUGUGUCUUCAAAUUUGGUUAGCACACGCUUCACCUUGACUCCUAACGGGCGACUUCAACUGACAAUAUGGGUGAAAACUUCAUGGUUAGUUUUAUAUCUGUCACCUAAAGUUCCAUGUGAUUUUUAUAGCUAUUGUGGUCCAUUUACAACCUGCCAGAUAUAUGAAUCAGUUUCACCAUGCAAGUGUAUGACUGGAUUUAACCCGAAAUCGCCCAAAGAAUGGAGUUCAGGAAAUUGGACAGGUGGGUGUGUGAGGAAUGAAUCAUUGAGAUGUGAUAAAGGAGAUAGGUUUAUAAAGUAUGAAGGAAUGAAGCUACCUGAUUAUGCAGUUAAAACAGAGAAUACAAGUGUUACAGACUGUGAAAUCGAAUGCAUUAAAAACUGCUCAUGCUUAGCUUAUGCUUAUGAAAAUGUGAUAGACGAAGUUACCAUAGUUUGUUUAAACUGGUUCACAGAGCUUGUGGAUAUCCAAUAUACUAACUCAAGUAUGCCUCAUGAUCUCUUUGUACGUGUACACAGCUCUGAACUUGCAGUAGAUGAUAGUCAAUCACACACUUCUAUUCGCAAUAGGAAACACUUGAUUGCAGUUGUAGUCGCAGGCGCCACUGUUUCAGUAGGUUUGCUUCUUAUCAGUGUCUUUGGGUACUUACAGAGAAGGAAAAGGCUGAUAAGAAAAGAGAGAAUAAAGAAUGAAUUGCUUGGAUUUGAUUCUAUGAGCACCGCCUCCGGGGAUGCACAUAACAAUGCAGAGCUUGUAUCAUUUAGCUUAAAGAGUGUAUUGGCUGCAACAGGUUCAUUUUCGGUUAAAAACAAGCUUGGAGAGGGUGGGUUUGGUUCUGUUUACAAGGGUUCAUUGCCUGGAAACAGACAAGUGGCAGUCAAAAGACUAUCAACAAAAUCAUCACAAGGGCGAGAUGAGUUUAUGAACGAAUUAAAACUUAUUGCAAAACUUCAGCAUACGAAUCUUGUUAGGUUAUUAGGAUGCUGUGUCGAAGAAGAUGAAAAGAUUUUAAUGUAUGAAUAUAUGCCUAAUCGAAGCCUAGACAAAUUCCUCUUUGAUCCAACUGAGAGUGUUCAUCUUGAUGGUAGCAAGAGAUUCAAGAUAAUAGAAGGGAUAGCUCAAGGACUUCUUUAUCUGCACAAGUAUUCUAGACUCAGAGUAAUUCAUAGAGAUUUGAAAGCAAGCAAUGUUCUUCUGGAUGAAACAAUGACCCCUAAAAUUUCCGAUUUUGGAUUGGCAAGGAUUUUUGGGAUGAACCAAAUUGAAGAUAAAACCAACAGAGUUGUUGGUACCUAUGGAUAUAUGGCACCUGAAUACGCAUUGCAUGGGAGAUUUUCUGUGAAAUCUGAUGUAUUUAGCUUCGGGGUCUUAUUGCUAGAGAUUAUGACUGGUAGAAGGAACGGUGGUUCUGAGCGGACAGAAGAUGCUGGUACAAUAUCCGAAUGGGCAUGGGAAAACUGGAUGGAAGGCAGAGGUGUUGAGUUGAUUGAUCCUUCAAUGAGAGAUACAUGCAAUCCUCUACAGGCAAUGAAGUGUGUUAAUGUUGGACUUUUGUGUGUUCAAGAAAUCAUGGACGAAAGACCAACAAUGUCAGAAGUAGUUGUCAUGUUGAGCAAUGAAACCGCGGCUGUUCCAUUGCCUAAAAAGCCUGCUUUUACGAUUCAUAGACGUUCUCAAAUAUUGAGAGAUCAUUCCAACAAUGAAGUUACAGUAACCAAUGUUGAGCCAAGAUAGAGAUGUUGAACUCUAUGUCAAAGUCAAAACUAUCCAUUUUGACUAUCAUGUUUUGACACAUGAUUUAGACAUUUUCUUUCUCCUUGUAUUUACCUAUAAUUUGCCACAUGAUCAUUUUGCUAGGCAUAUGACAUUUGAAAAAGUAUAAUGAAGAGUAUGAAAGAUCAUGUAUAAUAAAGAAUAUAAAAUAAAUUUCCCUCUUUGGUAAUUA